UCCCGCCGCAGCCUUCCCCAUGCAGAACUCCAGCCACGUCAAGUUUGAGCCACCGUCCGUCCCUGUCAUAUUCAUACUGGGUGGCCCGGGCAGCGGGAAGGUGACACACUGCGAUAACCUGAUGCAGGAGAGACGCGGCCUCGUCCACGUCAACAUGACAGAUCUGCUUCAACAAUACGCCAUCGGGAAUGACAUGCAAGACUUUGGCACACUAUCCAGCAAGACGGUUACCGAGGUCCUGAUGCUUGAAAUGAAGAUGGCGCCUACUGCCAAGACUUAUCUGGUCUCCGGUUACCCAAGAUCUAUGAGGGACGUCGCAGAGUACUCAGAUAAGGUAAGAUAA